GUCAGCCUGGGUGUGAUGUGCGAGGCCUUGUGGGGCCUUGUGGAGGGUGGAGCCUGCUGUGCCCCCAGCGGCCAGCUGAGGGCGCGACUGCUGCCGCGGUACACCGUCCGCAGCCUCUUUCCGUGGCUCAGAGGGAGAGAGAGGGGGGAAGGACGCACAAUGGCGACCGUGCAGUGCCCCAGAUGCACGGUAGAAAGGAAAGGGUUUCGGCGGGAACUUGACUCCUGGCGACAUAAACUGAUUCACUGCGUUGGGUUUGAAAGCAUCCUGGGAGGAAUCUAUGGCCCGAUGCUGCUGAGAGACCUCAAUGUGUUUGAUGACUGUGAACCUGAAGAGGUGGAUGACUGGUCCCCAGAAGCAAGCUGCUCUCAGUGUUCAUUCUGCAACCUCCCCCUGGACAAACUCAGUGAUCAAGUACCUGCAGCCACGUCGCCCCUCUCCUCCCCCUCUGAUUACUCUCCCUGUCAGGCUCCAAGCAUCUCUGAGAGCAGCCAAUCAGCGCACAGGUUUCUCCAAGCUGUCUUCAACAAGAAAGAUGUGCCCCUGGGCUGUGAUUCCAACAUCCCUCUGGUUGCCCAGGAGCUGAUGAAGAAGAUGGUACAUCAGUUUGCCAUGGAUUAUGCAUCCAAGUGUCUAAUCCACACCAGUACAAACGGUGUUAGAACAAAGACUUCCUCACCUUUGUCAGAAACAUCAGACGCCCCUCUGGACCUUACAGUGUGCCGAACCCAGGAGGAGAAAGAGUGUGAACCUGAACUAGAUGGCGUGCUCGACCUCUCCAACAGGAACCCUGCCAGCUCAGCAACUUCAUCUUCAUCAUCGUCAUCAUCGUCUAAUAUCAAAGUCUCCGGCUCCAUGCUGCCAUCAUUUACAGAAGAACUGGGAAAUCUGGUACAGCAAGGGAAGAACUGUCGUGAGAGUUCAGCGUUGGAUGCUGUUCUCAGCACACUUUGCCUAGCACACCGUACCUUACUCUACCAGAUCCUGAAGGUGGCACGCCAGCAAAAAUUGCUAUCUUUGCUAAAUCGCAGACCUUCAGGUCAAACUGAAUCUUACUGCUGUCACUGUGGUGUUCACCCACAGGAUAAUGUUAACCCCCAUGCAGUCACACAUACUGAAUGUAAAGCCCAUAACAGCAGCUCAUUCUACCCUUUAAUGGAUUGUGAUCAUCAAGGUCAUGGGAGCACAAUGUGCCAUUCAGGAGACUCCAAGUCCAAUUGUAGCAUCCAUCUCUACCCUUUAAAAGACUGUAGAAAUGAUGGUUCUCAGAGUUCAAGCUACUGUUGUGUGCAGAGGUGCAGGAUGGAAACCUACACUGUUCUGUGCCCCAAGAGGCUGCACUGCAUUUCCUGUCAAAGCCUGGCUGUUGGUCGUAUCAACAACAUAGUGUGUUCAUUUACAUCCUCUCCUACAUUGUCCAAAUCCCCUUCACUGUGCACUCCACUCUCUAGUUUAUGCCCUUCGUCAUCAAUCUGCUGUAACCAACAUUCCCCCCAUUCUUGUCACUGUAACUCAAACCAUACCUGUCUAAUACAGGUCGAGAACAAAAUAGAAAGAGGGGUAGUAGAUAUGGAUCCUCCUUGUCCUAUCCUGAAAAGAGAGCAGAGCCCCUCUCCUCCCCCUCUGUCCCCUAUCCCCUCAGACAUCAGUAAGAAAACUGAUGAAAAGCCACCCUCCCUCCUUCACCAUAGACAAGAGGAGGAAACCAACAUUAUAGUUAAACAUGACCUUGUGAAUGCACGCAACCACAAUGCAGAUGUGGAUACAGUUACGGAAGAUGAGUGUAAGACCCAAAAGAGUCAGGCUGAGCAGAACCCAAGUGGGACUUUACUGCAGGAUGUUGUGAAUCGCUUCAGUGAGAAACUGGAGACAAUCAAACCUCUAGAGAAAGACCCACCUCCAGUUUCUACAGCCAUUAAUGUUUCUGAAAACCAGGAGCUGCUGUCACCCUCAGCAGAUCUGCAGUUUCAUGCUGAUGCCCAUCUGACUGAAAUCAUCACCAAAGUGCUUCACAAAGGCAAUGGUAGUGACUACAAUCUCAGUGAGCUGUUCAAUCGCCAUGAUAGCAAAGAGCCCAAGUCACCUAAUACCCGCUCCCGACGUCGACAGGAAGUCCUAGCAGCAAUAGCAACACCUGCUGAUGACUCUUCAGCCAGAAGGCAUACCUUACAAAUUAAAAGGGAGUUUGCCCUGCUUGACCAGUCGUGCAAUAGGAGAAGGGGGCCAUCAGCCAAGAGGACAAGAUUGAAUGAUGGAAAGGAUACUGCAACUACAUCAUGCACUUCAACAGACUCAAACCUAGCUAAAGGGGAGUCUAAGAGAGAAAUGGAAGGUGUAGAACCUGUAGAGAAUCAUAAAGUUGAAGAGAGACCACUGAAAAUGCUAUCUGUAGAAAGUGGCAAGAAUGAAAUAAAAGAUGAGAUACAGACAGUAAUAGUAACAGAAGACAUUAAAGCAGAGGAGAAGGAAUGGGAAAUAUCAAAUGAGGAAAAAGAUCUUAUUCACACAGGCACUCAGAUACCCACCCCUGAGUUGCAGAGCAAGUCUGGCAAACAAAGCUCAAAGGGUUACGGUAGACAAAAAGAAACAGAGAUUACAGUUGCUGUAACCUCAGCAAAGCAGUGCAACAGGCCCUGUAAAGAAGGUGGUGAGGUCAGCAUUCCUGGAAGCGACAAGAACUAUGAAGAAGCCCCAUCUAGUCAAUGCUCCAACAGUGAGAAUAGACCAGGCAUGGGUAAAGAUUGUCAUAGUCCUAUUAGAAAGAGGCAGAAAUGUCAAUCAAACCACUCCAAGGAGGCAAGAAGAACCAGAAGGAACAUAGUCCCUCCACAGCGCUUUUCCUCCUAUGUCACUGAGCCCAGGAAGAUGUUUUUUGUUGCAUGUUUCUCUGACAGUAUAUUUAACCAGAGAACACAAAAGGAGAAGGUUUUGACAUAUGGAACUUUGGACGCCUUAUCCAAAGAUCCAGAAAGUAAUGACACUCAGCUUGAAUCAAGAAAUGACACCACUCUGUCCACGUCUGAGCAUACAGGGAAGAUUGCCCUUCAAUCAACACAGAGAGAGCGGUGUGGACCAUCUUACCCCGAGUCAGAAACUAUGGCUGCCAAAGAGAAGAGUCCUGCAAAAUGCAACUUGGAUAUUAGGACAGAUGGCAGUGACUGUGCUGCCAAGCCUAUUGGAAGGCUUCGAUCAUCUCCACAAAGACUACAAGUCUCAAAGCCAGAUUCAAGGAUGCCCCAAAAUUCAUCAAAUAGGAAUGUCACCGUCAAGUCUGCCCCCUGUGUUAAGAAACCCCCCAACUCCCUUGUUGAGUACACUAGCCCAAUUAAGCUCAUGUUUGUAUCAGCAGUAAAAGAUAAAGAAGGAGUCAGAUAUAGUCUCAAAUCAGCAAGCUGUGGUUCUAGUUCACAAGCAGAGCAACCAUUUGAUCCAUGUGAAGUUUCUUCAUGGUCAGGGACACCUGAGAAACCAAAAGGCCAGAGCACUGAGUCUCGUACAUCAAAAGUAAAAUCAUUUUCUUCACCACUAAAGUCUACUACCUCACCCGCAAGAUCUGCUGGUUCACCCUCCAAGUCGGCAUCUUCCCCGGUCAAGUCUGCCUCCUCAACACCCAAAUCAGCAUCUCCGCGGAUCAAGUCCGUGUCUUCACCCUCCAAGUCGGCAUCGUCACCAGUCAAGUCUGCCUCCUCAACACCCAAAUCAGCAUCUCCGCGAAGCAAGUCUGUCUCUUCACCCUCCAAGUUGUCAUCGUCACCAGUCAAGUCUGCCUCCUCAACACCUAAAUCAGCAUCUCCGCGAAGCAAGUCUGUGUCUUCCCCCUCAAAGUCGGCAUCGUCACCAGUCAAGUCUGCCUCCUUAACACCUAAAUCAGCAUCUCCGCGAAGCAAGUCUGUGUCUUCCCCCUCAAAGUCGGCAUCGUCACCAGUCAAGUCUGCCUCCUCAACACCCAAAUCAGCAUCUCCGCGAAGCAAGUCUGUGUCUUCACCCUCCAAGUCGGCAUCGUCACCAGUCAAGUCUGCCUCCUCAACACCCAAAUCAGCAUCUCCGCGAAGCAAGUCUGUGUCUUCACCCUCCAAGUCGGCAUCGUCACCAGUCAAGUCUGCCUCCACAACACCCAAAACAGCAUCUCCGCUAAGCAAGUCCACCUCUUCCCCCAAGUCAGUUUCCUCAUCACCUAAAAUAGGUUCCAGAAGAUCAGGUGAAAGUACUCCAACAAAGCGUCUUGCUGGAACCGAGAGCCAGAGAUCACCAUGUGACUUAAUAUCUUUUCAUGAAUCUACUCCUCCUAAAAGGCGUCCAGGCCGGCCAAAGAAGCUGGGACCACAGCUGGAGCAGAAAGUGAAGAGACCAAUUGGUCGACCACGCAAGCAGAAGGUUGUGGAUUUGACAAUUGGGACAGAAAUAAGCGGAAAAUCUGUUACAGUAUCUGAUGCUGAGGAGAAUGUAAACAAGAACCUCAAAAUAACGGUUGUGUAUGGCCGUUCAAGGAGAAACAAACGAAUGGUGUCUGAGGGCUUUGACCAGCUACAAACAGAAUUCCAUGAUGCCUGGCAAGCAGUGGGCCUUAAAAGUGACUUGGGCAUUUUAAUGCACAACUCUAAGACCAGCUCAGGUAACAUCGAAACCACCUCGACAGAAUUGUCAGAGGAGUUAAAUUUUGUCAGCCCUGUGAAAGAGUCUGCCCCUCUAUCUAGCAGGAACAUCAAAUGUCAGAAAGGGGAUGAUUCUGUGCCCUCAAGGAAACCGGGUAGACCUGCAAAAGUUAAAAUCUCUGGGAUCUCAGUUACAGUGACCUCAGUGUCACCUCGGCAACGCAAAAUUCAGAUCAACCGGGAUACUCGGCAGUCUCCCGAAACACAAAUUCAUAAGCAAGGACUUCUGUCAGAAUUCCAAUUUGCCAAAGAACCCAGGACAAUCAGUUAUCAGUCAGCAAACAGAAGCAGUCAAACGGAGAAAGGGAUAGAAACAAAAAAAGAAAGUAAAGAUAGGCUGCACAAUCCAGUUGUAGCAGUACGUCACUCAAUGAGAGUGAGAAAGCCCUCCAUCCACUUUUUGCACGCUGUUGCCACCUCCACCUCUAGGUCAUACAGCCACAGUAACGCUCUGCUACGGCGCUCAAAACAACUUCUGCUAAACAAGGCCAGCAAUGAAAGGAGAAAGGAGGAGCAACAGAGUAGUGCUGAAGCUUCAGGGGGGAAAAGACAGCUCUUUGGACAAGACAAGAGGAAUAACAUCUCUCAGGACCUGAGCAGAGUGGCAGGGGUAUCUGUAGACUCAAUCUUUACCCCAAAAGAGACACUGAGGUGGUGGGCUGCGUCAACUGAGGAAAAGACAACGAACCAGGAGCUUGCCAGGCGAAUACGACUCAUCUCCGACACCUGGGUGUCAGGGACUGUGGAGAACCAAGAAAAAGAAAUGGCCUUUAAUUCUAAAUUAGGCACCAAAUGCAACAAUUCAUUUACCAGGAAGUCGAAACAUUCCUCUGUGGUUCGAACUCUUUUCGAUUGUCCCCCUAACACACCAAGGUCCUGUAGCAUGCAGCAGCUGUGCUCCUGGUUUAUGCAGACCACAGAGACACAGUCUCUGGCUAUUGUCAAGAAGCCAAGCUCCCGUAACCCUUAUGAACCUGGGCACUUUCCUCGUUCUGCCAACAGCAAAAGUGUUUGCCACAGUCCUCAGGCGGAGCGACUGCGCAAACACAUCAAGAAGUUUGCCAAAACGGUGCCAAAAAGUCCUUUACAACAUCGACAGGCUCAAAGAAGGUUGGGAAAGAGAAAUAAUGCUCCUCUGCCAACACAUAUAAGGCGACGGCUUUUCACCCCCAGGUUUGCGACAGGCAGGUUCAAUCAAGGAGGCCAAUGGUGGCAGAGCAGAGCCUUUGGAAACUACCAGGCCACUGUACUUAGAGCAAGGACAAGGUUCCUUACCCGGGAAGAAAGGGAAAGGUGGCGAAAGAGGCAAAGGAAUAAAAAAACCUUAAAAGCAGUUACAAGUUGUUCAAAUGGACAUGCAGUACGUGGACAACAACAAAGAUGUAAGGCAUUACACAGAUCAGCAAAAGAUCAGUUAUCAGACUGUUUGGAGAACAGUUCUGCCUCCAGUUCUCUCGACCAAACUCAGGAGCCAGUGGACGUACCCAAAGAGCAGAACCUCUGUUCGAAAGCCUGGAGUCCUGAGACCCUGAAGGAGUGCCGGGUGUUUCUGAGGAAGAUCAACUCUCCAGACAAUGAAUCGACGGAGGAAGAGUGGGACUCCUGUACUGUGACACUGGAUGACGGGUCGCCCUCUGCAUAUCUGUUUGCAGGAAGGGAGAGAGAAUUGGUAGGAGUUGUUAAAGCUGUGAAAACUGAAAGAAUAAGCAUGAACGGGAGGACUGCCCCUAGAGAGCCGGCGGGUUCUGCACCUCAAUCACUCCAGGAGCAGGACGAGAUGCCGGAGGGGAGGCAGAGAGGCAAAUACAAAAGUCCAGGGGUUGUGUCAACGGAACCACCACAACCACCGCCUGCGAAAACGUUGAGACAAUCCAGAAUGAAGGGCCUGACCGGGCCAAGAUGGUGUGACUUUGUGUUAGAGAACUGAAUGAAGCAUGAGGCCUCCUCCUUCCUGGGAAAGGGACUGUGGUUUUAACGUGGUGCCUUUUGACACUGAGCUGACCACAUGGACGGACCGUCCCUCUCUGGCUCAGUCUAACACUCAGCAGUUAUGUAGCAGUCUAACUUAACAAAAGCUUGAUGUUGCACUAUUUUUAUCCUUGGAUACGUAUGUACAGAAUAUUUGAUAUUGGUUUUUUUUUGUUUUUUUUGUCAACUUGCCUUUGUCUUUCUGAACGAUUUCAGAUCAAAUCAUUACAGAGAUUUAAUGGGACCCCCCCCCCCCCCAAAAAAACAUACCUCAUUAUGAAGGCCUCCAUCUCCAAAUAAUCUUUAUCUGAAACUAAUACUUUAAAUACUCAUUAUUGUACAGCUCUUAAAUAUUCCCCAAAAGUUCAUCUUUAUUUAUAGUCAUCCUCUUGUGGCACUGUUUAAAUUACAAGUUUCUAAUUUAAUCAUUUGUGUUCUAAGUUUUAAAAACUUUUGAUCGAAAUGUAAUGACAUUCUCUUCCUUGUUUGCUACAGUCACAGUUGUCGUAUUGCAAACCAGUGGCCAAAAAUAAUAUACUAUAUAUGAAUGAAGGAAUUCUUUUAGCCCCUUCACGAUGUGUGUAUGGACCCUAAAUAUAAAGUCCUGUGUUGAAGUCAUUGGUCUGUACUGAAACCACACAUUUUGUCAUUUAAACAAUAUUUGUCUUAGUCUUAGCGCCACACUACAUUUAGCACAACUUCAAUAAUUCUUUCCAAACAAACCACAAAUUCCAAACCCAGAGGUUUACGUGAAGUGAUGAAGGAAGUGUCGUUAUGCAGUUGUAGAAAGUAGAUUCUGAUUAAGAAGUUUUGGUUUAUGGUCUUUGGGAUCUGAUUUGUUUUAAUUCAUUUAUCGUUAUGUGAUUGUGUCGGAUCUACUUCUUGCACUAGUUCAUCUGAGAUUAUUAAUCCCACUACGCAUAUUCCUCCCCAAUAUUUUGCACACCCCAUGUCCCACUACCAACCCCCACUGUAAAACUAGAGGAUCUAUUUGGUGCAAUACAAACCCAGAUGAUUUAUCAGUACGUAGUAAUUAUUUUAUUAUUAUUAUUGCUGACAGACGAAUGGAUGUAAACCAGUACAAUGGCCUGGGAUGUUACUUCAGUUGUUUCCAUAGCCGUGCAAUGUGAUCUUAAAAGAUAUUAUUUUACAAACUAAGCCCCCCCCCCCCCCACCUGAUUUGUGCUCCUAAAUGAAGGAGAAUAUUAACAUAUCCUUAAUUGCCAUCAUAGCAUUACCUGUUUUUUUUCAUUAACAUAAUAGCAUUAUUUACCUUUAAAUGCAGGUGGGAGAGGUGUUGUGAAGAUUUCCUGUUUUUUUUUUGUUUGUCUUAAUCUUCCACAAGUUGCAGCGAGGGAUGCCUACCUCCACUGGAGCUCAGCGAGGCCUUCUGCUCUUCUGCUUAUCAACUGUGAGACACGAGGCCGAGAGAGUUGAUCGAUGAAACACUAAUCUUGGAUCAGAUUCCUGUUUGAUCCAGGGUGUAUGGCUGUGGGUCAAAACUUUAACCUGUAGUGCGUAUCGUGUGUAUGUCACUAUGGUUGCCAUGUCAACAGCAGCGAGGUUGGGUGGCUCAGUGUCGUGAUGAAUAACCCUCUGUUGAAGAACCUGGUGCUAAACAGUUGUUGUAUAUUUUCUUUAUGAUGUGUUUUUAUACUGUCCGCUACAGAUGCGCAAACCAGUGUCUGCAAUCGGAACAAUAAAGAGUCUUUUGAAAUAA